AUGGAGGAAUUUUUACAAAAUAUAGGUGUAGGGUUAAGAUCUAUUGAUGAUCCUUUUUUUAAAGAUUCGUACAAUGCUUGCAAAAUUUUUCAACGAAAAGGUGUUACUGUUGAAGAUGAAGAAGAAUUAUGUCAUGAACUUAUAAAAGAAUUUCCAUGUUACGUUACUGGUUGUAAAGCUAUAUUUCGAACAUUAAUUGAUUUUGAGAUGCACUAUAAUACCAAUCAUCGAUAUGCAUGUAUUGAAUGUAAAAAAUCUUUGCCAAGUCCGAGAUUGCUAGACAUUCAUAUUCAAGAAACACAUGAUAAUUUCUUCAAAGUUGCAUCAAAAAAGCAACCAAUGUAUCAAUGUUAUGUUUCUGAGUGUGAUUUGAAAUUUUAUAAUUCACUUGAAAGAAGGGAUCAUUGCACCACUGUACAUAAGUUUCCAAAGAAUUUUCGAUUUGAUAGUACUCCACAUUGCAUAAAAAAUCAAUCAAAAGAUAAAAUGGACAUUGAUGAACCUGAGUUUGAAAAGAAGGAAGCUAAACCUAAAAAAAUACAGUUAAAUAAGAAUCAGAAAACAAAAAUGUUUACAACUGCAACAAAAACUGCUGUAAUAACUCCUACUAUUCAUCAAAAUCAGUUAACUGCUUCAAAUUCUGUCACAGGAACAACUUCGUUACAUUUUAUUCCCAGACAAAUACAAAAAUCAUAUACAAAUGCACUUACUAAAAAUCAGAGUAACGAAAAGAAUAUACUUGAAAAAGGAUGCAUGAUGGAUCUAGCUGAUUCAUUGCCAAAUUAAUAUUUGAUUGACAAUGCAAAUAUUCCAUAAUAAACAACAUGGUUUUAAGUACCUUUUUUAUUAUAAAUAUAUUUUAAA